AUGUCAUCCUCUUCCAGAUACGUAACCUUUGAAGGUUCACGGAACUUUCGUUUACGAGUAGUAAUGGCUACAUUGUCAGGAAAAGCUAUAAAGAUAGAAAAGAUACGUUCUGAUGACCUAAAUCCGGGUUUAAAAGAUUACGAAGUCUCUUUUCUAAGAUUGAUGGAAGCGGUAACGAAUGGUAGUUCAAUAGAAAUUUCAUACACUGGUACCACCGUCAUCUUCAGACCAGGAAUAAUUACUGGUGGUUCAUACACACAUCAAUGUCCGAACAGUAAACCUGUGGGCUAUUUUGCCGAGCCAAUGUUGUAUUUAGCCCCCUUCUCAAAGAAGAAAUUCUCAAUCCUAUUCCGUGGUAUAACAUCUUCACAUAAUGAUGCUGGAAUAGAUGCGAUAAAAUGGGGGUUGAUGCCGAUUAUGGAAAAAUUUGGCGUCAGGGAAUGUGCAUUACAUACUUUGAAGAGAGGUUCACCUCCUUUAGGUGGUGGUGAAGUACACCUUGUUGUGGAUUCAUUGAUUGCACAACCGAUUACAAUGCACGCCUUGGAUAAAACAAUGAUUUCAAGUAUAAGAGGUGUUUCAUACUCCACAAGAGUCAGUCCCUCCCUUGUAAAUAGAAUGAUUGAUGGUGCGAAAAAAGUUCUUAAAUCUGCUAGUUGUGAAGUAAAUAUAACUGCAGAUGUAUGGAGAGGUGAAAACUCAGGUAAAAGUCCAGGUUGGGGUCUAACGCUCGUAGCAGAGAACAAACAAGGAUGGAGAAUCUUUUCUGAAGCUAUCGGUGACGCUGGGGAUGUUCCAGAAGAUAUUGGUGCAUCCGUAGCCUAUCAUCUACUUGAAGAAAUAAGCAAAAGUGGAGUUGUUGGAAGAAACCAGUUGCCACUUACAAUUUUAUACAUGAUCAUCGGUAAAGAAGAUAUCGGAAGACUCAGAAUCACUAAGGAUCAAAUAGAUGAAAGAUUUGUAUGGCUCUUACGGGAUAUCAAGAAAGUUUUCGGUACAGAAAUACUCUUGAAGCCAGUGGAUGAUAACACUACGGAUCUAAUCGCAACAAUCAAGGGUAUUGGAUUCACAAACACCAAUAAGAAAAUCGCAUAA